AUGAUAUCGGCUAUUGUUUGUUUGCGCGAAAGUCCUAUGGGCAUUGGGAAGAUGGCAAGGGCCACCAUCGUGCCAUCGAGAUUGAUGCCAGCCAAGCCAAAAGUCAACUGCAAGCCUGUUGUUUGGUCAGGGGGGCCAUCUAGAAGUUACUCAACAUUCAAUGCACAUUCAGCUACUAGCAGUAGCACUGAGGAACGAAAAUCAGGGAAGAGGCUGACGAUAUGGCCGAAAGUCAAGGCUUUCACGACUUUUACUGCUUCUGGAACGCUUGUAAUUGGAGCUGCUGGGCUCUCUGUGGUCGUAAUAUACCUGAUCCUAUCAGAACUAUUUUCUCCGUCAGGGGAUACCCAAAUCUUUAACCGGUCGGUGUCAUUGAUCGAGAAAGACGAGAUUGCUAGAGCUCUCCUGCAAUGUAAUGAUACGGAGGAUAGCAAGGAAAGACUUAAGGCGUAUGGGGAGAUCUUUACGAGCGAUAAGUGGACUAGAAACAGACCGAUUGUCUCUACGAAAAAGAUCGAUAAGAAUGGCAAAGCUCAUUACUUCAUGAGAUUCCAUGUGGAAUCUAGAAAGAAGAGAGGUCUUGUUCAUAUUGAAGCUGUCGAAUCGGACAAGAAUUAUCAACCGGACUUUAAAUCCAUGUACCUCGAUGUGGCCGGUGAGCAGCGCUAUUAUCUAAUCAAACCACAGCUAGGGACUGUCGCGAAGCCUAAGGGCUUUCUUGGUGUUAACUGGGGCCCGAAGAGGAACUAA